UUCCGUAGCAAUUUGUAUAUCCGUUUUGUGUUUCUGGUGGGAGUGACAUGAUUGUAUGAUGACUGUGUGUCACUUACAAAAAUAGUGACACAAUGCUCACGGGAAGAUGCUUGGAAAUGCCGAGACUUAGUUUAAAAUUGUAAGAAAGAAAAAUAGUGACGUGAUGGCUGGAGGUCCGAAGAAGAAAGCGGAUCUGAAAGUGAUCAUCAUGGGAGACUAUAGUGUUGGGAAGACGUCAUUCAUUGGCCGAUACAUUGAUGGAGAAUUUAAACAACAUGAAGCUACAAUUGGUGCAGCUUUCUUCCUGAAGCAGUGGGGCCCUCACAAUAUUGCUAUCUGGGAUACGGCUGGAGAUGAGCGAUAUACAGGUUUGUCUACGUUUUACUGUAGGAAUGCCGGCGCUGCCAUCUUAGCUUUUGAUAUGUCCAUUGUCAACACAUUCGAAUCUCUGUGGGCCCGGUUUAUUCCUCUGUUAGAUGCGGCCAAUGAGGACUGUAUCAAAGUUGUGGUCGGCAUGAAGCUGGAUGCAUUGGGUGAAGACCAGAGGGAAGUGACUACUCAGGAGGGAAAGAAAUUUGCCCGAGAAAUCAAUGAAAAAAUUGACAUCAGUAAACUGCCCAAUGAACCAUACUUUGAAACGUCCAGUAAAACUGGACACAAUGUGACGGAAGUUUUUGAAUACAUUUUUCAGCAUUGCCUUCCGUUGUCUGCAGCACAACUCCGUGAUUCAAAGAAUGCUGACACAGUGGACCUGAAUUAUAAACGUGAAUCGAAUCAAAGCAAGUGUUGCCAUAAGUGAUUAGAGCUCCCUCAGAGUCUCUAUUUCUGUUUUGCAUAAUUAUGUUCAAUAAAUUGUCAUAUGUUCAUCACAAUUCCCGUGUAUAUUGAUAAAACAAUGUACUACAGUAAAAGAUGGUAAUAUGGUGAACAUGCUUAUAAUGAAUUCACGCUUAUAGCGAAGUGACUUUUAUUCCUUGUAGUUUUGACAUAUAUGAUGAACUUAUUGAAUGUAACGCAUUACAUUUAUAAUGAUUCAAUUUUGUUCAUCCCCAGCACUUCGCUGUGUGUUUUACUUUAUACUCAUAAAACAAUGACCAAAUAGUUCCAAACGUUAGUUGAUGACGAGAGAAAAUUGGAGGCAAGACCAAUUAAGACAGCACUUACUAAUAGAGUGUUCGGUUUUUUUGGCCAGAAUAUUUUAGCAAACCAUACAGACUAAGGUAGCUAUAUCAAAAAUCUACAGAUAUAUUCAUGUGAAAAAACUAUAAACCAUCCAGUAGAUUUUGUGUUAUGUACAGUGAAUGAAAAUGUUUUUAUAUUUUUCAUUUCUUUUGUGUUAUCUCUCUGCUUUUGUUUUGUUUAUGCUUGUAUUUUUAUGUGAGAAAUACAUGUCGAUGUGUAUUGCAUUUAUUUUGAAUGACUUGUAAACAUGGUAAAGUCACUUCCUAUAAUCUCCUGAAAACAGGAGGAGUAGGUUUGAGGUGAAAAAGGGAAAUAAUCAAGACAUUAUUUUAGAAUCACCAGUUUUUGUUUGGUGGAUUUUUGGUGUAUUGAAGAAAAAAAUACUGUAAGCAUGGGGACUUGAAUGUUGUUUAAUAUUCGCUAUACAGUUCAGUUUCUCUUGUUCAUCAAAGAGUAUUUGUGGACAUAUCAACACAAUAAAAACAAUGAAAUUAAGUCACCCGUGAAAAUAUAGGAUCUUGCAGUAUUUUUCGUCUUUUAAUCUUAUUGGAGAUACAAAAAUCACUGAUAGUAUCAUUGUGAAUUUGAAGGACAAUGACUGAUUUUUUCAGGUUUGACGAUAGAAGCCAGAGGUAGUUUCAAAAUGAACCCAUUGUGAAAGUAUAUUUCUGUGUAUUUUACUAUUCAAGUUUUGUACCAACCAGUAUAUUAAAGCCAUACCAAUACCCA